UGUAGACAUCGUUCUUUCUUCUCUCCACGCACACAUACACACAUAUACACACACAUACACACAUCCAUUCUCCCCUUUUCAUCGUUGCUUCUGCGGCAAAUGUAAAAUAAAAACGUGCGCGCAUCGACCAUUACAAAUCUCGCGAGCGUGGCUCAUAAUUCCACAAAUUUUAUUGGGUUUAAACGUCGACACGCGCGUUUCAUUAGUUUCCUCUCUUUGUCCUUUCUUCCUUACUCCCACUCGCACUCGUUGUAACGUUACACGCUGACCGCUAUACCUACUCUACUCCCCACUCCAACAGCUCUUGCCACUGCUCGUGAUGAUUCCCCUUCCGUCCGCUGACCGAUAAGCCGCUCCACUGUCACGGUCGAAGAAGAAAGAAGAGGGAUACGAAGUGCACCGCCAGCUGCUGUUCCAACAAAUAGUGUCGUCAGCAUUUUCAUCUCGGCUUUUGAUCUACUUUCUUUGGGGAUUUUGACGACCCGGAAACACGGAGUAUGUCGCUGAUUUCCAAUUGUUUUCGACGGCUCACCGAAGCACCGUCCAAGAAUGAGCUGAAGGGCUACAAGGUCACCGAUGUGAACCGCAUACGAAAAGUCGGCGUCGCCUGCAGAAGCCUUCAGGAGUUGAAGCGUAAAGCUUGCGCGAAACUGAACGUGACAAACGACCCAGCCGAGAUCAACAUCUAUCUCCUCGAUGGUUCAUUGAUCGACGAGGAGGAAUAUUUUUCCACGUUGAAACCUCAGACGACGCUGAUCCUGCAGAAACCUGGCGAGAAAGUGUUGUCCGAUGCGGAUCUCCUGUACGACACGUUGAGGCGUGUCAACAUCGAUUUUCUGAUCGCCGGCGAGAAAGCGUCCGAAUUCCUCGCGGAGAACCUUAAAGCAAAGGUUGCAGUUCUAAACAACGCUUUGAACAAGGACGACUCGAAAACGGCGUUCAGCAGCAGGGACGAGCACCCGGACUGGUUCCAGGGAUUGGAGACCAACUGCGCGACUAAGGAGGCGUAUUUGCACCGUAGAUGUCAGGACAGGAUACGUGGCUACCUGUACAAAACGAUCGAUCAGAUCAAAUCGUCCGACGUGUUCUCGAAAGAUCCACGAGCCAGGAAGCAGCUACUGUACGCGAUAGCGUUCUUCAAGAUGCAAUUGAAGGAGGAUCAUUACUUUGGCUACUACUUCGACAGGAGUCGAGCGAAGAUAGGAUCGUUGGAGGGUAGGGAUGAGCGCGACUCAUCGACGAGCUGUUACGAUCAUUGCCCGUGCAGGCUGAAAUGGCUGGACGAGAGCACGUAUUUCCGGUUGUUCGGCACGAUCGGGCAACCUUGCGACGAUGUUGACGCUGUGAGGAGGAGGAACGAAAGGAAUUCUGGCGCGAAGAGCGAAGAGGAGGAGGCGGAGGAGACUUGCCCUUACAAGAUCAGGAGGACAGAGGGGGACACGUGUGUAGCUUUGUGCGACCAGAUGGGCGAGUUUAAGUGUUACGGCGUGUGGAACGAGGAGAAGUGCCUUUACGGGGACAGGCACAAGAUCAAUCCUUAUAGGUCGAGGGAGGAGCUUAUUUUGUUCUCUACGUGGAAUUUUGAUCAUAAGAUUGAGAGGUCCAGGACAUUAAUCCCGCUGCUUCUGAAAUUGGCGACACAAGGUACAGCCAACGAGAUGGAUCUGUUCGAAAUCUACGACAAUCUAUUUACGGUGAAGAACCUGAGGCUGGUUCACAUCGUAUGCCAUGAUAAAGGCUCGCACAAAUAAUUAGUAAUUAUCACUAAUGGAAGAGUUAAUGUAUAAUUAUAUUACAAUAUUCCAAUCGGGGAAAUCACUAUCAUAAAACUACGUAAUAAUAAUACGUAGAACAACCUCUGAACGUAAAUGUAACUCUUCGUAUUUACUUAUAAAACUGCUGUUGAUAGUUGAAGAAAUUAAAAAAUUUAUCACGUAUUCAAUAGUGAUUCCGUUGCGCCACAAAGUAACAAGCAAUAUACCGAUCGAACUUUCUUUUUUCUAUGAUAGAUUAAGUCGAAGUUUCCUAUAUUAUAACCAUUUUCUAUUAUCCACCGUGAAACCGUGCACGAUAGAAUCAGUUCGAUUAAAAGAAAGAAAAAAUUUAAAAAUCGCAUUUGCGAUCACAGAUGUUCAUAUUAUUGUGAAUUGAAACUGAAAACCAGAGUUUGCCUGUAUUUAAACUUGUCCAUUUCUAUUUUACAAGGAAGAAAUAUAACUUGUCUUAGCCGAUAAAACAUGUAAUUAUAUGCACGGUCGAUAAUACAGACAGAUGAGUCCUCAAGAGAUAAGUUAAAAUACUACUACUAUCGACGCGAAAACUUUUUUAACACGUUUUUAAUACAUCUUUAUGCAUCUUAACGACUGUUACAACUUUCUAUCGAAUAAGUGUAAUAACGAAAUGACGUUUUUCCUUCUUCAGCACAAAUCUGAGCUUCCUUUUCGGGAAGAUUUACGAUUUACGAUUUGUAUACAGGGUUGGGCGCAACGGAAUAAUCGAGAUUAAAAAACAAUAUUUUCCAAUCUAUAGAUCACAAUCCCUAAAGAUAUCGAAAAAUCUCUAAUUUUUAUUUGCGAUUAUUUAUACAACAAAUUUUAUUAUGAGAAUUUUCAAUUUUCAUAAUAAUUCAUUUUUUUAUUAUUUAUCUCGAUAUAUCUAUAUGAAAAAAUUCAUCAUGUACAAAUAUUAAAUAUUGCAGGGAUAUUUGCUAUGGCAGAGAUUAAUAUUUCAUUAAUAUUUUCACUUAUUGAUAUUCAUCGUUAAAAAAAAGUAUUAUAAUUAUUUUAUCCUAAAAUAAAUGUAUUUUAUUUUAUAUAAUUAUAAAAAAGAAAAGGGUUGUGAUUUUAAAAACAUUGGAAAAUACUGAUCUAAAGGACUGUUCAUUAUUUUAUUGAAAUUGCAAGAAAGAUAUGGUGGUCAAAUAAGAUGACCCAACCUUAGUGAUUAGAGUUUAUCUUUAAAGAAUAUUAUUACUUGAUCAAAUAUCUUUCGAGUAUUUUUGAUUCGACUGGUUAACCGAAGACAAAACCAAAGUUCUGAUAUAUACAUAUACAUAUAAAUAUACUAUAUAAAUAUAUACAUGUACGUACAUUCGUUAUUGAAUUUAGAGAAUACACAUAUGUUUAUAUAUAUUAUGGACACGUGUACAGGAUGAUGGAAUAAAUAUUCCAUAAAACAUUGAAUAAUAAACGUGUAAAAUUGAUGCAAUAUAUAUUUAUUAUUAUUGCAAAUAGUUUUAUUUGCAAUAAACAGAUUUGUUUGAGAAAAUAAGUAAAUGUUAAUACGUAUGAUAUAAUAUAAUUAUAUAAAUUUAUUUGUUAUGUGCAGAAUUUAUUAAGAAAAAGAUAAAUUAUUGUAUGUCAAGAAAAAGAAAUUAAAGCAUAAUGAUUUAUGCAAUUUAACAACUAAUUUAAACGAAUAUUUAAGCUUCAUAAAUUCUAGAAAUAUUAAUGUAUUUGUAUCAUCAGUGUUUUUUUUUUUUUCAAUAACCUAAAUGUAAUUCGACAAUAUGAUAUUCGACUCAUCCUGCGCACAUGUACAUGUAAUAUAUGUAUACAUACACAGGAUAUUCAGCUACAGGUAUCCAAAAAUUGAAAAAAUUAUUCUACAAGUCAAAACAAUAUAAAAAUAACAGUUGCAAAUAAAAUUGCAAACAAGACAUUAAUUUUUCAUGUGGAAAACGUCAAAACAAAUUAAAAUUUUUAUCAUCAAAAUCUACUCAGAAAAUAAAAAAAAACCUCGCCAUUAAAGCUACUUUUUGUUUCAUUCCGAUAUCUCAAUUGAUUGCCAAGAUAUAAGAAAUCAAACUAUCCAUGAUGCUUUAGAUGGUAGAAAUUACUAUUGAUCUAGUGACAUCUAUAUUUUUAUUUUUCUAUGGAUAAAUAUGUACAUAAAUCUAGAAAUUGCAUCUCUUUGUCUCGUACUUGUUCAGUGAAGAGAUGCGAGUGAGAGUUAUACGAAUAAGCGAGAGAGACAGAAAAUAGCAAACAAUUAAAAAAUUACUUUUUCUUUACACGAUGAUAUUUCGAAUACCGCAAGUCAUAUCGGGAUAAAUAAAAAUGCUUUUUAAAGAAUAAAAUUCCGCGUUUCUAAUGAUCUUUUAUUUAUUCAUUGGAAAUCAUUAUUUUCGAAGUUACAGCGGUUUAAAAUUCUUCUAGUUUUAAUAGAAUUUAACGGAGUUUCUAAGAUAUAUUGGAAUAUCUCUGUGAGGAGAAUCAAGCGAGAGUUUCGAAUGUACGACAAGGAUGGAGAUAGUGAAUGAUCAAAAAAUACGCUUUCCUUUACAUGAUGAUAUCUCGGCAACCAAAAGCUGUAUCGGAAUAAAUGAAAUUGCGUUUUAAAGGGCAAGAUUUUGUGCUUUUAACGAUCUUCAAUUGACUUGGCGAAAUUCACUAUUUUCAGAAUUAUAGUGUUUUAAAGUUUUUUUAAUUUUAAUAAGAAAUUUGUUGCUUCAAUUACUGUAUAUUCUUUUGUGUAAGAAUAUUUUCAUCGAUUUUUAAUUCUCAAUAAUUACAAAACAAAGUAGAAAAUAUAAUUUUUUUUUUUUUAUUUUUAAUCUUCUCAAUUUUUAUUUUAAUUUGAAGAAUCAUUCUUCCAAUUUUUAAACACCUUUAGCUGAACAUCCAGUAUAUAAAAAUCUCUCUCUAUAUAUAUAUAUAUAUAUACAUAUAUACAAAUAUAUACACAAAGAAAAUUAUUAAAAUGUUUUAGAGACUUGUGCGAUAUAUCUGAAGCUGUGCUUCUUCCUGUGCAUGGAGAAAAUCUACACGGAAGGACUCGAUAUUCGAAUAUUCAUGUCUUUUUGACAAAUUCUUCUUUUGAUAUGAUUUCGAUUGGUCCGUGUUCGUUUCGUCGCGACUCGUCUCGCUUGAGACCUGUCGCCACGAGACGAAUCAUCGCCGGUCUGACACAUUUUUUAUAAAAUCUUAUUAUCGACGAUGAUGACGAAGACGACAAAUAACAAGAGAGAGAAAGAGAAAGAGAGUAUCGAUUAUAGUUGGCGAUUUAGUAGAUUAAGUUUACAUACGUUCAAUGAUGUGUCUCUAUUCUUUGUUUAAGAUGUUUAUAUACUUAAUUUGAUACGAUCUUGACAAGUCAUUAAGUACGAGUCUUUCUUAUGUUUGAACAGAGCUAUUGAACAGAGUGCAUCGAGGAUCAUUGUACUUUGAAUCUGUAUGUAAAAUGCAUAUCAAAGUGUGGAUAUUCAAUUAUUUCUUUUUGAAUAUUGUAUCACCAUUAUUUAAAAUUUUAUGCCAGAAACAAAUAUAUAUUCACUGUAAAGAAUUUGAUCAAUAGUACAGCAGAUUUAGGAUAUAUUGCAAUUAUAUAUAUUCAAAUUUUUAACAGAGUAAUAAUAAGCUAAUCGGUAUUUUACUUUAUUUCAGAUUGAUAAUUUUACAUUAUAUUAUAUAUUGUGUUUUAACAUAUUUAUUUUUGCCAUAGAUAUCUUCAUUUUAUUAAUCUUAUGUAUUUCUUGAUAUGAAUGAUAGUAUAGAGGAAAAAUCAGAUUUUAUUGUAUCAUUGAAUGAUAUAUAACAAUGGUAUAAUAUGCAAAUAAGAAACAAAUGAAUAUCCAUUGUAGAAAUAAUGCACAUCAGUCAUAUAAUAUCAUUACGAUUUAACAAAUUUAUUUCAAAUGACGUACACGAUGUAUUAUUCUAUUUAACAGAGAUGAAAAAGUCUACUGUUCCAUCUUCUAAACUUCUUCUUAUGGUUUCAAUAAUUGGCAUGCUAAAAAUUAGAAGUCUAUUCGACUUAUUGGCCCAUUUCUGAAAGUUAGAGUUAAAAGCGAAGAUUAUCUUUGAUCGAUCAAGAAAUAAUUUUUUGUAUCAUCUGUCAAUACAUGUUCCUUGCGUAAUUUCUACUUUAUCAUCAGAGGAAUUCGAACAGCAAUGUAUCAUCGGUAAAGCGUGGUAAUUGAACUUGUCAUUUAUCAAUUUUUUGAUUUUUUGGCUUAAAGUUUCUUUGAUUGAGUAUAUUCUUUAUUGAGAAUUGGUCAAAUUUAAUAAUCCAUUUGUAUUCUUAGCUAUUUUAAAUCUAAACAUUGUUAUCUAUUGUAUAAAUUAUUAUGGAAUAUUAUCAUGAUAAGAUAACACAGUUGAACGAGUGAUUACCAUCUAUGGUGAUAUACAGAAAGACAAGAAAGAAAAAGAGAAACGAAUAUUUUUUUGUGAAAAAGAUCGUGUCCAGAAUAAGUCGACAUUGUUAUAUUACAAUUGAAGCUAUUCGCGACACAAUGGAGAGAAACUGCACGAAAGUGCGAUACUUCCUCGUAGGCAACAUAUGUAGCAUAGUUAUUUUUCAAUGUAAAAGCGACUGUGUAGCUCUACUUUAGGCAAAUGUAUAUUUUAGGUACGAGAGAACAAAAAGAAAAAGAGAGAAAAGAAGGAGAAGAGAUAAAGAAAAAAUAAAA